AUGUCGGGAGAGGAGAACGAAAAUUUACUUCCAGUUGAAGAAAAAAAGAACAAUUCAAAUAAAUUAUCAAGUUUAACUGUAUUUAACACAGCCUUUAAUGUUCUUCUUGGAGCAGGACCCAUUUUGGUACCUCCAGUAUUUUAAGAACCAGGCAUUGCUCUUGCGUUUAUCUUUAUAAUAUUAAUUACAUUUAUAAGCUUCAUUUGCUCUGAAUUUGUAAUUGAAACUAUGUCUCUAUUAACUGCUAUACGUGCUAAAGAGAGACAAGAAUAGGAACUAUAAUCAAAAUUGAUUUUUCCUCAAGACAGUGGAGUUAAAAGUCUUUCUGAACAAACCAUCUCAUAAGAUUAAAAUAAUUAUGAAAUUACUGAAGAAUCUUUCUUAUUAAAAGAACCUAUUGAAUAUUCUCAAAUGGGUCUUGAAAUUUAUGGUAAAUUAGGUUAGGGUAUUACAGCAACUGGGCUGGUAGUCUAUUUAAUCGGUGUUUUAUCUUCAAAAACUAUUAUGAUUGGAAACAUUUUAUCAAAAACCUUUAAGGAUGUUUCUUUUUUGAAUAGCACUUAUCCUUGGAUGAUUUCCUUCUUGGCUUGUUCUAUUAUUUUUUCUUUUAGUAAUGUGCAAAAAACUAAAACACUAUAAAAUGUUAUUGUCGUUGUUCGUUUUCUUACUAUUGCUGCCCUCUUGAUUGGAUCCUUCUAAAUCGCAGGAAAAACAUCUUUCCAUAAUUUGAAUGAAAACCACACUUACUUUGAUUUUGAUAAUUUUUCUAGCUUUUUUGGUGAUUUACAAUUUGCCCUACUUAUGCACCAUGCUAUCCCUUCUAUGUUUUAUAGUAUUGAGAACUAAAAAAAUAUUAAAAAAGUAUCAUUUGCUGCAUUUGGUAUAGGCUCAUUGUCAAUUGUACUACUUAGUAUUUUUGGUGUCAUGGCUUUCGGUAAGUGUCUUGAUGCUGAAAAGGGACACAAUAACAGUGAGUGUGUUGGUUUAGGUUAUGCAACAGGGUCAAGUUAUUUCAAUAGCUACUUCUAAGGUAUCGGAGAUGCUGAUUGGGCUUUUUAUAUUUCUAGUUUUUACAUUUUCUUAAAUGUUGCUGCCUUUCCUGUUUUAAUCAUCACUUGCCGUAACAACUUGAUGAAAUUCCUUGCAAAAGACAAAAUUCCUGCAAUCAGCUAUAAAAUUACUAAAUGGACUAUUUUUUUCACUUUGUUAAUUGCAGGUCCAAUUUUUGCAAUCUCUUUAACUGUUAAAAACAUUUAAAUUGUACUUGAUUGGGUUUCAGGAAUAUUUGGUUCUAUGCUUAUUAAUCUUUUCCCAUCUAGCUUUGUCAUUUAUGCAAGAAUUAAAGCUGAAAGACUUGGUAUUAGCCAAGACAAAAACAUCCAUAAAUCUAUAAUAAAAAAUAAGUACCUACCUUAUGGUACUUUCGCUUUUGGAUGUGUCUUGCUGGUCUACACUGUCUACAAUAACUUUAAAAAGUACACAUGA